GCCAAUGAUAAGUGGCCAAAUAUGUGAUUCCACUUAGUACGCAACAAAAAUAUAUCAACGAUUAAAUGUCUGUUCAGGACGUGAGCUUCACGUUUCAUAGACGUGGUGUACUAGCGAUGAGUAUACGUGGCCGAUCUCCAAAUAAAUAAUAUACGGAAGAGUUUGUGAAACUCGACAACUUGAUAGAAUAAAUAAGCAAACGCAUCGUUGAACCUUGGGCCACAGAAAUAUUAACUUGCCUCGGUAACAUUGUUAAUUAUCAUUGUCAGUAUAAUUGACAGAAGAAGACAGCUGAUCAAGUGGAACGCAGUAACAAAAGUUUCAUGAUAAUGGAAGAGGCUGUCGUCAAAUUGAUAAUAAGAGCGCCAAAUCAGCAAAUUAAAGAUCAAAUUGUAAAAUGUGAUAGCGGAUGGACCAUCGGUCGAUUAAAGGAAUAUCUGUCCGAAGUUUAUCCUAGUAAACCAGAACGAUCUAGUCAAAGUCUUAUAUAUUUGGGACAUCUGUUAAAUGAUUCGACAUGUUUGAAAGAUGUUUUGAGACGAUAUGGCAGGCAGGAAGACCAACCGUAUACAGUCCAUUUAGUUUGCGCUAUGCCAAAAACAACUACAAAUAAAGUGACACCUGAACAAGAUACAGAACAUACGGAUCAUCCGAGAGUUACAUUGGCGCAAAUAAGAUUGAUAAUUGCAAACGGUACACAAAAUCAAGGUCAGGAUGUUAAUAAUGUUGUUGUGCAACAGUCUCCUACACAGUUAUACUCUAUGCAACAAUAUUUUGAUCCACGGAAUAGUCAGCAAAUGGCUUGGAUGCAACAGGCAUAUACGCACUAUUUCACACAGUAUAUGCAACUUAUGGCAGCACAAGGAAUUCAAGUGCAAACUAGCAUUCCAUAUGUUCAGCAGAUGAAUGUCAAUACAAAUGAUAGUGUUCAAAAUCCACAUAUAACUAAUACAAAUAAUAAUAAUAAUAACAAUAAUAAUAAUAAUAAUAAUAAUAUAGGUGAUGAGCAGCAACAACCUGCUGCUCAAGAUGCCGAUAUUAAUGGUGGAAAUAAUGGUGCUGUAGAAGAUGGUGCAUUUAAUAGAGAUUGGCUAGAAUUCUUUUAUAUACUAUCCAGAAUUAUUGUUCUCUUUAGUAUAGUAUAUUUUUAUUCGUCUCUGCUAAGAUUUCUAAUUGUUAUAUUUCUUGGAUUUGUAAUGUACCUAUACCAGAAUGGUUUCUUCCAAGGUCAUCCUAUUCCAUUGUUUGAUAACGAACGAGUAGACCGGGUAGAUAAUAAUAAUCAAGUAUGGCAAAAUGAAGCUAUGGGUCCUCAGCCUGUGCCACAGCAACAAAAUGGUCAAGUAGCAGCUGUAGAGAGACCUGGUGCAUUCGGUUAUGCUUGGAUACUCUUUAGAUCAUUUUUUGCUUCUCUUAUUCCAGAUCAACCAAAUGUUAUCUAAUUUUAUCGAGUGUCAGUUCUUUGCACUCAAUUUUGUUGUAAAUUUUCUUCCUUGUUAAAAAAGUUCUCAAAGCCUGACACUAAACCCGUCGAGAUAGUCUCUUUUAGUACAUAAAUUGAUUAAACAUUAAGAAAAAGAUUUAUAUUG